UUCGAUUCCUCCUUCAUCCUCACCCACUCCAUAUAUAGAUUAAAGAAUCUUUCCUUUUACUUCCCUUUAUCGCCAUCUUCAACCAGGAAAGAAAAAAUGGCAGCAACGACAGAGGUGACUGAGCGGACACCAGAAACUGAGGAAGGAAAUUGACGAAUUGAAUUGAGUCGGCCAGUGCCGGUGCAUUCUUCGCCUGUUUCGAUCAGUUUCAGCUUUCUUCGCUUUAAUGGGCAUCGUGUUCAAGCAUUAAACCGUCCCAGGAAAGAAGAGAAAUCAAGAAAAUGCGCGUGCUUGAGGCGCCUCUUUCAUGUUCUAAGAUGGCCUCACCCUGCAAUUACUCUCCAUCCCUCUACAGGAAUUUUAGUGCAGAUUGUGGAGGUUUCUCCUCAAGAAAAUGCUCCUUUGUUAAAGGUCAUUUGGACACCAUGAGGUUGUUCCGAUGCAAGUCGAAGCAUUUCCGAGGAAAAACAAGAGGACCUGUCGUUUUGCCUAGGUGCGUUCUCCCAUUGACUGAGGAGAACGUGGAGAAGGUUUUGGAUGAGGUGAGGCCCGGUUUGAUGGCCGAUGGAGGCAAUGUAGCCUUGCAUGAGAUAGAUGGCCUUGUCGUGGUGUUGAAACUCCAAGGAGCAUGUGGGUCGUGCCCGAGCUCCACGAUGACUCUGAAGAUGGGCAUCGAAACUCGCUUGCGGGAUAAGAUACCGGAAAUAAUGGCCAUUGAGCAGAUUGUGGACACUGAAACUGGCCUUGAGUUGAAUGAAGACAAUAUCGAAAAGGUGCUGGCGGAGAUAAGACCAUACCUGGCGGGAACAGGCGGCGGCGUACUUGAGCUUGUUCAGAUUGAUGGAUACGUCGUCAAAGUUCGGCUGAGCGGACCUGCAGCAGGGGUUAUGACUGUCCGCGUCGCUUUGACGCAAAAGUUGAGGGAAAAGAUUCCGGCUAUUGCAGCUGUACAGCUCAUAGAAUGAUAGACUCAACUGCAAUAUGUUUGCUCUGUCGAGCAGAAGUUGGAGAGCCAACAAAGUAUAUGCAAAGUGCUUUUCUAGGAUCUUGUUCUUUUCGUGUUCUCGCAUACUGGGGAAGCGUUAAGAAAUAGACAGGGGGAAAGGCGAGGAAAUAGUCUUUUUCGUGUUCCUGUUGAUACCGGCAGUAGGGUUGUUCUGUGGUCACAGAGUGAACUCUGCGGAUUUUCUAUUUAAAUCUGCAGUAAUCGUGACCUCUAGCUCUUGUUUGAGCAAGGAUGCCAUGACCAUUGCACUAGUUCAAUUGGAAGGCAUAGACGUUCCUACUUAAAACUGUAAGAGGCAGGUCAAAAGUGAGGCUAUGAAAGGAUGUAGAGAUAUCGCUCGAAAUACAAUUUUCAGUGUUGCACUCUCUAUAAUGCAGUUUCUACUUGCUCAGCGGAGAAAGGUUAUUCUCAUCUGCUUUGAAGGAUGUAGAGAUAUCGCUC